CCAAGGUUUGUACGAUUAUUUUGGCUCUCUUAAUAAAUGUUCACAGCAGCUUUCAAAACGGAAGUGCAGUGAAUAAACUCAGGGUAAAUGCAGCUAUAGCUACACCAUGGCCAAUGCCACAAAGUUAUUCAUCGCAAUCAAUGACCAACAACGUUGAUGCAGCCACAUUUAAAUUCAGUGUUGUAAAUGAAGCGAUCUUUUCUUGCACAGUGUUGCAAGAAGCCUUCAAAAGAUACGAACCUCUGAUAUUUGGAAGACGUCCAGAAACGCUGUAUUUUCAUUCUCAAGCUCGUAGAAAUGUUGGAGUAUCUGGUGAUAUUGAUGAAUUGGUAGUACAACUUGGUAAACCUUGUAAUGAUGUGGAUGCACCAUCUUUACAAUCCGAUGAAUCAUAUAAGUUAACCGUUCAAAAUGGACAGGCAAUGUUAUCAGCUAACGAGUUAUGGGGUGUUAUCAGAGGUUUAGAAACAUUCAGUCAGAUUGUUUAUCAAAGCCCUACUGGAGGGAUGGUGGUAAAUAAUACAGUUAUUAGUGACUUCCCCAGGUUCAAUCAUCGUGGUGUUAUGUUGGAUACAUCUAGACAUUAUGUAUCAAAGAAAACUAUCCUCAAAAAUUUGGAUGCCAUGACACAGAAUAAAUAUAAUGUAUUUCAUUGGCAUAUUGUUGAUGAUCCUUCCUUCCCUUACCAAAGCGCUAAUUUCCCUGAAUUAUCUCAAAAGGGUGCCUACGAUCCUGAAACUCAUGUUUAUACUCAAUCAGAUAUACAAGAAAUUAUAGAAUAUGCCAGAUUACGUGGUAUUAGAGUUGUUCCUGAAUUUGACUCACCUGGUCAUACCCAAUCAUGGGGUAAAGGUCGGCCUGAUUUGUUAACUAAAUGUUAUAGUGGUAGUUCACCUAAUGGUCAGUUUGGUCCAGUUGAUCCCAGUAAUAACGCUACUUUCACUUUCUUAAAACAAUUCUUUAUGGAAGUCGGUAAUGCUUUUCCUGAUAAGUACAUACAUUUAGGUGGUGAUGAAGUUUCAUUUGCUUGCUGGCAAAGCAAUCCUGAUGUUCAAGCCUUUGUGAAGAGAAUGGGAUAUUCUGAUUAUUCACAAGUUGAACAAUAUUACAUGCAACAAUUAUUAGAUAUAGUUGGAGGAUUAGGUAAAGGAUAUCAGAUAUGGCAGGAAGUUAUUGAUAAUGGAGCUAAGGUACAAGCUGAUACAGUAGUAGAGGUAUGGAAAGCUGGGUGGGAAGAUGAAAUGAAUAAAGUAACUAAACUAGGAUACAAGACAUUACUAGCUACUUGUUGGUAUUUAAAUUAUAUUAGUUAUGGUUCAGAUUGGACUAAAUAUUAUGGUUGUGAACCCUAUAAUUUCCCAGGUACUGAAGAUCAGAAGAAAUUAAUACAGGGAGGUGAAACAUGUAUGUGGGGAGAAUAUGUUGAUGAUACUAAUCUUAUGUCUAGAUUAUGGCCACGAGCAUCUGCUGUAGCUGAAAGAUUAUGGAGUGCUCAGUCUGUAUCUAAUGUUCAGGAGGCAACACCAAGAUUUAUUGAACAUCGAUGUCGUAUGGUUGGACGUGGAUUUCCAGCAGAACCAAUCAAUGGCCCUGGAUUUUGUAGAGAAGAAUACAUCGUAGAUUAAUUAGGACACUUAAAAGAUAUCAAUCCCGUUGUUUAUAGUUGACAAUGAAUUUAUUUUUGAUAUUUUUUGUAAUAUUUUUUUGUACCGGUACUAAAAUUUCACACAUUCCUAAUUUUCGUUCAUUAGCUUCUAAUAGAAAUCCAGUUUUGCACUAAUAUGUAUUUUUGUUAUGUUUGAUACCUUGGUCGUUGAAGAGGACUGAUACAUCCAUGGUUUUUAUUCAAAUGUCACCCUUUUGUCAUGCAUUCUGACAAACAAAAACAAGGAUAGGAAAAUGCCAUGACUGAAAAUUACUUGAAGUGGAUCUUGGAGAAAUCACAGUCUUGAAGUUGAAGAAAAGCAUCACGUUUGUUCUGCUCAACAACUGUCAGUUCUUAUUGUUUUGGAUAACUGGGAUCUUGUCAGAAGAAAAUAAAACAGCUUAAAAGUAUAAUAUAAAUAAAUAAAUAAUAAACAACAAUAUAAUAAAUAUUAAACAAUGAAAUAUAAUUUAUAAAAGUAUGACAUAAUUCAGUCUUAGUUAUGAAAAUUUAUUGCACAUUAACCACUUUAUAUAAUACCAUCUUGAUUCGCUAACAUUUCAGCAAUUUUACGAUUUCUCUUCACUUUCUGCAUUUCUGAAUUCUGAAAACAGACAUAACAUUAUUACAUUUGCUUUGUAAAAGUAUUAAUAUCAACUCAUACACUUGAAAAUCAAACUAAUAUAAACCGUGCCUGUUUACUGAUGUACAUUAUGGAUUUAUAGAGUUAAUCGUCAGUUCAACAAAACAAGUUGGAACAGGGUUCAAAAUGAGUUCUACGUGUGCCAAGCACGACCAAUAUUUGAAAAUAGAUGUACCUUCCAAACAAUGACUAAUCCAUCAGCUCCACAGGAUACAAUACCUUCUCUAUCAUAAUCACAAAAUGUCUGAAAGAAAUUUUACUUUUAUUGAUCAAUUUGAACUAUUAACAUAUUAGAAGCAAGUGUUUUAUGCUGUGCUUUCUUCACCCAACUGAAGUUUGACAAUUAGUACUUGUUCUAGCUAUGAUCGUUUAUUUAAAGAUGUGUUAUGAAAAACACCAACAGGAGUUAAAAUUGGCAACAUAUUUUUGAAGUGAAAACAUCAGAACCUUUUCUGAUUAUUACUAAAUAAUGCCAAAUCAAAUGUAACUCCAACAUGCUGUUAAUGUAAUCAAACGACCAGUAUAAGACAUUUGUUUACCUGAACUGCUCCUGAGUGAGCUGAACAUUCACCUAAUAAUACUGGAUUAAACAAAUUAUCUCCCCC